AUGGCUUUCAAUUUUACUGUACCUACUAAUUAUACAUAUUCAAACUUAAGAGAAAGUCUCACCCAAGAAGAUGAGGAAACACCAUUUAGAAAAGCAAGAAGGACAAAUUCUUCUAAUUCAUUAUCUGAUACAAGAAAGUUAAGAAAUGAAAGUACUUGUUCUAAUUCAGCUUCUGAUUUGGAAAGUUUACCUGAUUUAACUGAUGAUGAUGAUAAUUGGACUCCUGAAUCUUCACCAAUAAAACCUCCUUCAAAUCAUAGAUUCAUAUUUUUAGAAUCACCAAGUACAAAGUCAUUUAAUUUAAAACAACAACCUCCUGCAACAAAAUUAUCAAUAUUUCAUAUUCCUGAAAUUGUAUAUAAAAUAGUUUCAUUUGUUGAUAUACAAAAUACUCAAUUACCAAGUGAAGCAACAGUGAUAAGAAGGAAACCAACAAGCUAUAAACAUGCUUUAUUAAUAUACGGAGAUAAAGAUAAAGCCAAAGCUGCCUUAGAAAGUUCAACUUCAAUUAAGCAGUCGUCUAAAGAUCCCAUGCUUAAUUGUCUUUUAAUUAAUAAAUUAUUCAAUAAAAUUACAAGAGAAAUAAUGUCAACGAAAUUAUACUUCACUAAUGAAAUACAACUAUUGAAAUAUAUUGAGUCAAAUUCAUCAAUAACUUUUCAAAAUCCAACUAAUUUAAAUCUCCAUAAGUUAUUUCAUUUGAAAAAUUCAAAUUUCCUCAAACUUAUUUCAAAUAUUCAAUUUCACAAGUUACAAUCAUUAGAGUUAUUUAUGUGUCCAAAAUUACAACCACCUUCAAUCGUGUUACAACAAAGUUCACAAUUUUUACAAAAAAUCAUUAUAACAGGUUCAAAAAUUAUUGAUGAUGAAUUUUGUUAUCAAAUUAGUCUUUAUUGUAAAAAUUUAAAACAUUUAGAUCUUAGAGGUUGUGAAUUAAUAACUGAUUCAGGAUUAUAUUUUAUUUUUCAAAAUAAUUUUCAAUUAACUUAUGUUAAUAUUGGUAGAAAAAAUAAAAAUCAUUUAAUAACAGAUCAAUCUAUUCAUUAUUUGGUGAAAAAUAAUACUAAUUUAGAUACUCUUGGGUUAGCUGGUACAUAUAUUUCUGAUAAUGUACUUUGGGAAAUUUCUCAAUCACUUCCUCAAUUAAAAAGGUUAUCAUUAAAUAAUUGUAGAAAUUUAACAAAUUCCGGAAUAAAUCGAAUUUUUAAUAAUAAUUCCAAGAUACUACCACAAUUAAAUGUUUUAGAACUAUGUUAUAAUUAUCAAAUUAUGGAUUUAACUCAAUUAAUAAAAUUCAAAAAUUUUAAAAAUAAUUUAAAUGGUAUCGGAAAUAACACCUUUAUAUUAGAGCUUUGUGAACAAUUAUUAUCAAAAUAUAGAGAUCAAGAAUUUCAAUUGGAUAAAAUCACUUCUAUUAGUAUUCUUGAUGAUAUUUCUUAUUAUAUAAAUAAUUGA